CGCUAUCUUCCUCCGCCAGUCGAGGUAGAUCCCCGCGAAUCGGCACUCCGAUCGUUUUGUGUCUUCUCCACAGGGCACAAAACGGUGACAUUUUGCGGUAUUUAAGACAAUCGCCGCGCCGGCACAAAAACCAGCUUACAACCCGCUUCGUUUUGAUUACUUCGUUUUAGUGACGACUGGACACGGUUGAUGUUUGAGCGUCCAUGUCCUCCCGUAGGCUGUGCAGCGGACGGAUACUCUGAGUGAACCGACAAUGUGGAGGCUGUUAAAAUGUCUACUUGGAAAAUGAAAUGGUUACAAUUUCUCUCACAAUAAGGGAAACGGGGCGACACGAGAGUUAUGGUUUGUUUUAGAAACGUGUUUUUAGUUUCGUGACGAAGACAACAAAGAGUCGAGGCGGCGGAGGAGUGGUUCAUAUAUCGCCUUUCCUCAUUUUCAUCAAGCCCACGGUCCGGACCACGGGGAGAGGAUCCUAUCCCUAACUUUGUUUUUCUCUCUACUCCUGCCGUUGAUUUCUCCCUGUUGGAUGCCACACAAUUGAACCCAGUCGCUUGCUAAGACUGAAAGGGCCAAGUGAACAGCAGCAGAGAAUGGCUGCAGUGGAAACCGACAAGGAGCUCAACGACUUGCUGGAUUUUAGCGCGAUGUUUGAGCCUCCAGUUUCAAACGGCAAGAACCGGCCGACUACUCUCGGCAGCAGUCAGUUCGGAGGUUCAGGUAUAGAUGAGAGGAGUGGGUCCAGUCCCUGGGCGCAAGGACAACAAAACAGUCCAUCUUUCAACCAGGGAAGGGCUUAUGGAGAAGAAGGCCUUUACAGUGAGCAAGAGGGCAUUGCCUCUGCCCCCAUGUUUGGACCAGGGAUUGUUGGGAAGGCUGAACGAACACCAUACUCGUCUUUUGCAACACAGCAGGGCUUUAUGUCCAGUGAGAUACCCAUGUCCAGUCCCAAUGCCAUCUCCCCAUCUGGCCUGAAGUCCAACUCCCAGUUUUACUCCUCUUAUGAGGGAGGCAACCAUCGCAGGAGACCCUCACAGGACCCCAUUGAAUCACAGCCAAAAAAGAUCAGGAAGGUGCCCCCUGGCCUGCCCUCCUCGGUUUAUGCACCAGCCUCAGGAGAGGACUUCAACAGGGAUAAUGCCGGCUAUCCGGCCUCCAAGGCAGGAAACGUCUACCCACCACCAUUCUACAUGCAAGAAGGCCUCCACCCGCCCUCCGAUCCAUGGGGCUCUGCUAGGUCGAUGGUUCAGCCUGGUUAUUCUGCCAUGCUGGGCAACUCCCCCCAUCUGAGCCAGCAUGGUCCCUUCACUGCCAUCAACCCCCAAGACAGACUGAAACGGCAGCCACUGCCCCUCUCUCCCCAAAACUACCCCCUGCAUGGCAGUGAGGUGAAUGGGGCUCAUCCCGCUGGUUUCCACUCUGGCUCCAGCAGCUUCGGAGUCCCCAGCCACACACCCCCUAUCAGUGGCACUGACACCAUCAUGGCCAACCGUGCAGCAGCACCUGGAAGUUCGGGUGAUGAAAUUGGAAAAGCCCUGGCAUCUAUUUAUCCUUCAGACCCGAACAGUAACACCUUUCCUCCGUCCCCAUCUACUCCCUCUGGCUCUCCUCAGGCUGUAUCAGGCUCUGCAUCCCAGUGGACUCGGUCCUCUGGCCAGGCUACACCUUCGCCCAACUUUGAGGGUGGAAUUCAGUCCAUGUCGAGUAAAAUGGAGGACCAUUUAGACGAAGCCAUCAAUGUUCUUCAGCGUCACGCCAGCGGACAAGGAGGACCAGGCCUGGCUGAAAUGCACAGUCUGCUCUCAUCUGGCUUAGGUUUACCUCCAGCCUUCACCAGUGCCGCACUCGGACUGGCCAGUCGCCUGCCAGGACUGAUGUCCAGUCACCAUGAGGACUCUGGUCUGCCCUCUAGUGGAGGACAUCUGCAUGGUCACCACGGCCCUGCAUCUGCCCAGCCAGGCUCUCAGCCUGAAGGUUUUACUGGUUUGCCCGGUAGCCUAAAUCGUUCCAGUGGUACUGACGUCAAACGCGAGGACAAGGAGGACGAUGAGAACUGCUCAAUUACCGACAGGUCAGAGGACGAGAAAAAAGACACGAAGGGCCGCCUCCGAACAAGUCUGGAUGAUGAGGAAGAUGAUGAAGAUCUGCCUGUGGAGGUUAAGGCUGAGCGGGAGAAAGUGCGGAGGUUGGCUAACAACACCCGCGAGCGGCUACGUGUGCGGGACAUCAACGAGGCUUUUAAGGAGCUGGGCCGCAUGUGUCAGCUCCAUCUGAGCAAUGAGAAACAGCAGACCAAAUUGAUCGUACUGCAACAGGCCGUUAACGUUAUACUCAACCUGGAGCAGCAAGUUCGAGAGCGUAAUUUGAACCCAAAGGCUGCCUGCCUCAAGAGGAGAGAGGAGGAAAAAGUUUCAGGCGUGGACCCCCAGAUGCAGCUUGGUGGGGGUCACCCUGGUCUAGGAGGAGAUGGACAUAUGUAAUUCUAAGUUCCUGUUGAUUGUACAGCCCUUAGAACACGUGGCCUUAAUCUAUCAUUGUCAUGCAUCUCAGUGUGUGUUAAUCAACUUUUGAAAAGCACACACGCACACACACCUCAUAACUGACAAGGCAGGUGGCCACAUUCCUGACGAUGAAUACAAAAGUAACAAGCACACUCUUACAGAAAGAGGAAACAUUUAUUAAUCUUUACACAUCAAUACUUUGAACCCAGGACGCUGGUUUGGAGACUGUGGAAAUUGGACAUAAGGACGUUCUUAUGAUCGUGUUUUUGUAAGACAUUUUGAAAAAUUGCUUUACACGUUGGGAGCAAAACUUGUUUGGAUCAAAUAAAACUUUUCGGAUCAAUUUGCUCGUGUGAGCAGAGGUAGGAUUUGUAUUGUUGGAUAAUUAUUGGCAUUCCCAUCUGAAAAAGAGGUCUUACAUUCUUCACAAGCAAAGAGGGACACCCAGGUUUAUAUCUUGUGAUUGAACAAAACCUGUUUAAGCAUGUUCCUGAAAGAGGCCUAAUGCAUAGUGUUUGAUUGAGAUAAAAAUAGCCAUCUUCAUUAUCCUCUCAUGUGAUGACUGAAUUACAGACAUAGGUUUGGAGACAUCCAGCCCCUGACUGGCCAAUCGGAGAGCCCGCUUCUCUUUUUGAUAUGCUGGUAACUGGCUGUAUUUUUUGGAAUUUCUUGCUUUGGCUGUAAAGGUGCCACAAUCGCUGACUCACACACGUGGUGGGUUAUUUUUUGUUUAUUUUUAACUGUGGAUCCCUGAGUCUUAUCCCUCUAAGUCCUGUACGUCUGUUUUUGUCACGGCCAUGCAAGUGGAAUAGAAAGACCGCUGGGGAGAGACCCACCACCGGCAAACGUGAGCAAAGACUCGUUACAAAUCCAGGAUCCACACUGAUGUUGAAUCAAAUCCCAACCUUCCCUCUGUGAGGCUGCCCGUUGGACUCGAGCAUACAGAUGUCAUCCUCGCUGCUCGCGUCCUUCGCCAUCAUGAAGUCACUCGCUCUCAGCCUCGGACUCAGCCACUUGGUCAGUUGGGACCUCCUGACUGAAAUACAGCCAGUGUAACAUCAGCCUGCCCCCGUCAAAUCGUACCCGUUCCACUGUUACAGCACGGUGAACUUACUGGUGAAUGCAAGUCUCAGAGCAAUUUGUAUUGUGGUAAAAGACAUUUUGCAAGAAGACAGAUAUAAUUGAGUAUUGAAAGGGAUCAUGAGUGUUACUGCUACCUUGUGGAGAAUUUACUCAAUCGCCAUUGACUGACUUGUUGUGGUUGUUGCUCUGUGUUGAGCGUUUGGUGUUUUUGUUUUUUUUCCCUUUUGAACAAUUUGCAAAGCCUGUUGUAAGGAUCUUCCUUUUUGUAGAAUUGAUUUAUCAUUGUUUUUCUUUUUUACUUUGUAAGAUAGUUGUAUGAGUUUUGUUUUUUCUAAUUUGGAAUGCUCUUUCUUUUUUUGUUUACAUUGUUUAAAUGUAAGACGACUCUCAAUUUAGAUUCCAGGAACAAAGUGAGGUGUUUUCUUUUGUGCCAGGUGCUUAGAAAUGUUAGAAAUGACAAAAUUAUCUGGCUGUAACAUCACAUGUUGUGAUAUUGCUCUUUUGUUGUUUUUAAAAUGCCUGUUUCAACACAAACCUGUCAGGCCAGUUGUAAUUGGAUUGUUCUGGUGUUUGCGACAGUUUUUUUUUUCUUAAAAUGAAACACAAUGUUUUUCUUUGGCACACCCCCCCUUCCCUGCCCCUGAUGUCCAGCUCUCUGAUGAGUUUGUUGAUUAAUUUGAGGAAAGGGGCAGCGGGGGCGGUCUGCACAAUCUGCAACAUAGUUUUCUGUUUCAUUACGAUAUGAAGCAUAAAAUGAAUCAAAAAGGGUGGCCUUAGUCAUUUUCCUGACUUUGGGAGUUUUGAUAAUGGUUACUCACCAGUGCCUGAAUACUUCUCUGCUACAUGGUGGAUGAUGUUGCAUUUGAGGAUUUUUAGGUUGUACCUUUUUUAUAAUACAGAUGUAUAAAAACAUAUAUACUUCAGUAACAUCUGACAACAUCUAAAUGAAGAGUUACUCAUUGACGCAGACUGCUUCAGUGUUCAUGUGUCAUUAAAUGUAAGAUGACUAAUAACCUGGCCUACAACUUUGACAUUGAAAACUGUACUUAAAAUUUCUCAUAUUUUAUGAACUGAUUUUCUUAAAUAUAAUUUUGUCCUUGACUGGCAUGUGCAUUGAUAUGUAUGUACAGCUGUAUGAUCUGUCCUCAUCAGCAUUACCAUUGUAAGCUGGUACUGAUAUGUAACAGUAUUUGGUUUACCUGUAAUUUUGUCACAAAUCUUGCCCUAUGGACUAGCCCCAAACAUUAUUUUCUUUGUCAGUUACUCUAGCCUUUCUGCAGAAGAACGUGGUGUUGUUGUGACAUGAAAAGUUGCUGCUGAAGACUUAUUUUCUAACAUGAAAGAUAUGUCUGCAGUAUCCAAGUAUGAAAACAUGCACCUGAUGUUCUUUGUUAACAAACCCUUUCUGUCCUCCACAACAGAUGAACCUGCUACAGAUCUCUCUGUCUUCACUCAUGUUUGGGGACAACAUCUAUGUAGGCUAUGUCCUCAAAGUGCCUCCUGUUUCCUAUUUUUUAUAUAUAAAGUAGAUAUCGAGAACUGUUGUGUAUAUAACAGUAAUGUAGCAAUAAAUGUGCCAUUUUUAAUAACAAA